AUGGAGCAAUUGUCAGAUGAAGAGCUUGACCAUGGUGCAGAAGAAGAUAGUGAUAAGGAAGAUCAGGAUCUCGACAAGAUGUUUGGGGCCUGGCUGGGUGAACUGGACAAACUCACACAGAGUUUGGAUGCAGACAAGCCUGUGGCACCAGUGAAGAGGUCACCUCUCCGCCAGGAAACCAAUCUUGCCAACUUCUCAUAUCGCUUCUCCAUGUACAAUUUGAAUGAAGCCCUGAAUCAGGGGGAGACUGUGGAUCUGGAUGCCCUGAUGGCUGAUCUCUGUUCCAUAGAGCAGGAGCUCAGCAGCUUCGGCUCUCAUUCAGCAAACAAUGCUGCAGUGAAACGCCUCGUCCCAGAGCCCAAAAGUCAGAAACCGCCUGCUAGUCGACCUUCCACUAAGCACAGCGGCGUGAAAGGAUUGUCCUCCUCCUCCUCUGCUAAGGGGACUAAAGCACCUCAUGGCAACGUGUCUCUGGAUGACAUCACUGCGCAGCUGGAGAAGGCCUCUCUGAGCAUGGAUGAAGCAGCCCAGCAGUCUGUUGCAGAAGACACCAAGCCGGUGGUCGCUGCCCAGCACAGGAGGACGGCGUCGGCUGGCACAGUGAGCGAUGCUGAGGUGCGCUCCAUCAGUAACUCCUCGCGUUCCAGCGUGACCUCGGCAGCUUCCAGCAUGGACUCCUUGGAUAUCGAUAAGGUGACGAGACCUCAGGAGCUGGACUUGACAUCACAAGGGCAACCAAUCACUGAGGAGGAGCAGGCUGCUAAACUGAAAGCUGAGAAGAUUAGGGUUGCAUUAGAGAAGAUUAAAGAAGCACAAGUGAAAAAGUUGGUGAUUAGAGUCCAUAUGUCUGAUGACAGCUCAAAAACAAUGAUGGUGGAUGAGAGGCAAACAGUGAGACAAGUACUAGACAAUCUGAUGGACAAAUCACACUGUGGCUACAGUUUAGACUGGUCAUUGGUGGAAACCAUCUCUGAAUUGCAAAUGGAAAGGAUCUUUGAAGAUCAUGAAAAUUUAGUUGAAAAUCUCCUGAACUGGACGAGAGAUAGUCAAAACAAGCUAAUGUUUGUGGAACGUAUAGAGAAAUAUGCACUUUUCAAGAACCCACAGAACUAUCUUCUGGGGAAGAAAGAAACCUCUGAGAUGGCAGACAGAAAUAAGGAGGUGCUGCUAGAGGAAUGCUUCUGUGGAAGUUCUGUAACUGUGCCAGAGAUUGAGGGAGUUUUGUGGCUAAAAGAGGAUGGUAAGAAAUCUUGGAAGAAACGUUACUUCCUUCUUCGAGCUUCUGGAAUCUACUAUGUCCCUAAAGGGAAGGCAAAGGUCUCACGGGAUCUUGUGUGCUUUCUGCAGCUAGACCAUGUCAGUGUUUACUACGGGCAGGACUACAGGAACAAAUACAAGGCACCCACAGACUAUUGUCUAGUGCUGAAGCAUCCUCAGAUCCAGAAGAAGUCACAGUAUAUCAAGUAUCUUUGCUGUGAUGAUGUAAGAACUCUACACCAGUGGAUCAAUGGCAUCCGCAUUGCUAAGUACGGGAAGCAGCUAUACAUGAACUACCAGGAAGCCUUGAAGAGAACAGAAUCAGCAUAUGACUGGACCUCCUUGUCUAGCUCCAGUAUCAAGUCAGGAUCCAGCUCAUCUAGUUUGCCAGAAUCUCAAUCAAAUCAUUCUAAUCAGUCUGACAGUGGAGUUUCUGACACCCAGACAGCUGGACAUGUCCGUUCCCAAAGCAUUGUCAGCUCCAUGUUCUCUGAGGCCUGGAAACGAGGCACUCAACUGGAGGAAUCCAGCAAGGCCCGAGCGGAGCCUGCAGGUCGGCCCUUCGCGUCCGCGGCAGCUCCCGUGUCCCCGCAGACGAAAGCGGUCACCCCCUACGCAGCAUCGCAGCCGUCCCCGCCGCUGCCGCCGCCCCCGCCGCCGCCCCCUCCGCCCCCGCCGCCGCCGCCCCCGCCGCCGCCGCCCCUGCCCAGCCAGGCCGCCCCGUCCGCGGGCUCGCCCGCCAUGUUCGUCAAGUACAGCACCAUCACCCGGCUGCAGAACGCGGCGCAGCACGGCGGCCCUUUCUCCAAAGCCCCCGCCGCACAGCAGGCGACGCCGCCGCCGCCGCCGCCGCCCUCGGCCAAGCCUCAGAUGCCGGUGCCCCCCAACGGGGUCAUGCCGCCUCCCCCGCCCCCGCCGCCGCCCCCCACGCCGGGCUCGGCCAUGGCGCAGCUGAAGCCGGCACCUUGUGCCCCCUCGGUGCCGCAGUUCACGCCGCCCCCGCCGCCCCCCAAGAUACAUCAGGUUCAACCGAAUAUAAGCCAGGCCGCUGCUGCCUCCUCGUUGCCGCCACCGCCUCCUCCCGUGCCCGCCCCGCCGCCACCCCAGGCGCCCCCGAAGCCUGUCGUGGCGGCUCUGCCCCCUCAGCCUAGUGGGAAGGCGGCGUCCCCGGGGGUCACGCACGUCGCUCCCCCUGUCACUGCACCCUUGCCUCCCGCAAUAAAGAAACAACCAAGCGUCACUUCUCCCCUGGUGCCUCCUCUACCCUCAGCCCCUCCCGGCCCCGCUCCCCCUGCAACGUUCCCAAAGCAGCAGAGUUUCUCGGCAAAGCCUCCUCCAUCCCCUCAGUCCCCAGUGCCCUCGGUGGUGAAGCAGAUAGUCAGCCAGUUCCCCCCUCCUCCCACGCCACCUGCCGCUGAGCCCCAGCCUCUGAAACCCCUUCCACUGAGUGUGGCUCCACAGUCACCUCCAGCAGUGAAAGCAAAGCCCAAAUGGCAGCCUGCUGCUGUUCCUUCACCAGAUUUCCCCCCUCCUCCACCAGAGAGCAGUUUAGUGUUUCCUCCUCCACCUCCUUCCCCAGCUUCCUCUGCAGGUUCUCCCCCGCCUGACAAAUCAGGGUCUCCAGUCAAAAAGGCCGGCAAGACUUCAAGCCCCGGAGGGAAGAAACCGCCUCCGACGCCUCAGCGCAACUCCAGCAUCAAGUCCACGAGCUCCGCUGAGUACCAUGAGUCCAAGAGGCCUUCGGUGGACCGCCUUGUCAGCAAAUUUGCACACUCACCAGAGCCGUCAGGAUCUCCUUCCAAGGAGUCGUCACCUCCUCCAGCCCCUCCAAAGCCGGGAAAGCUCAACCUUUCUGGUGUGAGCCUGCCCAUUGUCCUUCCACAAGGUGGGAUCCCAGCCAAGGCUUCUGUUCCGAGUGUGUCAGGAAAGGAACCCGUGGUUGAAUUCCCUUCACCGCCAUCCGAUUCAGACUUCCCACCACCGCCACCUGAAAUAGAUCUUCCUCCCCCUCCAGUAGAAAUUCCAUCUGUGUUUUCAGGCAGCACAUCCCCAAAAGUUGCUGUCGUAAAUCCCCAGCCACAGACGUGGUCAAAACCGCCUGUGAAAAAAGCGCCACCGCCCACUCGCCCGAAGCGGAACGACAGCACCCGACUGACACAGGCGGAGGUCGCAGAGCCCCCAGGGUCAGCUGGCCCGCAAGUGCCCACGUCACCCAAGUCCAGCCUUAGCGUUCAGCCGGGAUUCCUGGCAGACCUCAACCGGACGCUGCAGCGGAAAUCCAUCACGCGGCACGGCUCCCUGUCCUCCGCGCGGAUGUCCAGAACGGAGCCCACGGCCACCAUGGACGACAUGGCCCUGCCUCCGCCCCCGCCGGAGCUGCUGGCUGACCAGCAGAAGACCAGCAGCUUUGGGGGCAGUCACAUAUCUGGCUAUGCAACGUUACGGAGGGGGCCGCCCCCCGCGCCCCCCAAAAGGGAUCAGAACACCAAGCUGUCACGGGACUGGUAG